ACCCCAUCUAUAAACUUUUCUGUUCUUUUUUUUUUUUUAAUUUGUUUUUUCCAGAGGAAAAGCCACACCAGCCCCACCUCCUUCUUGCGAGUGACUUUUCUUGGUCGGUCGGCAUGUUUCCCGACGGCCGAGUGUUCUGCACUCCCUUCGCAAGGAGUCAGACUCGCCAGCGGCGCUGUCGGGAAGCGUGAAUCCUCGACACCUGCACGACCACCCCGCGCCCGUCCACCAUGGGCACAAACCACGAAGCACCCUCCCACUGCAUGGGCUUUGCCGCGUUCCCCCUGCGGGACGCGUGAGCCGCGGCUGAAGCAUCCCCGGGGAAUGCCCACGGGGAACCCCUCGCCCCGAGCGACGCCCCCGGCAGCGCCUCCCUCCCGUUCCGCAACCGCGGGGCGAGUUUUCAGGGAGUAGAAGUGGAGCGAGCAGCGCGUUUUCCCCACCGGGGCCACACCGGCGCUGCUGCGGGAAGCCCGUUCGCGCAAGCCCGGCGGGCGGGGGAAGGAGCGGGGGGGACCGGCGGUGGCGGGGCGGGCCGGCGGCGGGCCCGGGGCGUGGCGUGGGGCCGGCGGCGCCGAGAGGCGGCUCAGUCCCCGCUGCCAGCCGAGGGCGGCCGGCCCCGCGGAGCAGGCGCUCAGCCCGGCCCGCCCCGCGCCGGAGCCGCCGCCGCCGCCGCCGGCCGGCGAGGGCGGCAGGAUGAGCGGCGGGCGUAGCGGGCGAUCCGCUGUGAAGAUGGAGGCGCCGUUUUACCCCGAGGAAGGACUGGAGCUGCUACCCGACUUCGUGCCGCUGGCGAGCUUCGGCACCGCCGGCGGCCCCGCGGCCGAUGCGGCGGCGGGGCAGAAGCUGCUGCUAGGUGCCGGGAAGAAGCGGGACCUGGCGGCUGCCUCCCCCGCGCCGCUCCCGGGGCCCUUCGCCCUCCGCCCGCCCGCCGGCGCCCGCAGCAGCGGGGCGGCUCUGCGCUUGCUACCGCCGCCGCCGCCGCCCGCCGCCGCCGCCGCCGCGCCGCCGCCCGCCGGCUCCGCGGAGCCGGCGGGCGGCGGCGGAACGGCGGCGGCCCGCGGCGGCCCGGAGGCCGCGCUGGGCUCAGCCGCGGAGCUGCCGCUGCUGAAACUACCGCCGGCCGCCGACCUGGAGCAGCUGCUGAUCCAGGGAGGCGCGGGGCUGGGCACUGGGAGCCCGGGGCCGGCGGCGCCCGGCGCGGGCAGCGGCGGGGCAGCGGGGCCGUUUCUCUACCGGCAGCCGGUGACGCAGGAGCAGGAGGGUUUCGCCGACGGUUUCGUCAAGGCCCUGGCCGACCUGCACAAGCAAAACCAGCUCCUGGCGGGGCCGCCGCCGCCACUCUCCACGCCGGGACCCUGCUGCACCGCCCGCCCGGGGCCGCCGGGAGCCGCCGACCCGCCGGCCGUCUACACCAACUUGAGCGGCUUCAACCCCGCGGGGCCGCUGAGCCCUUCGGGCAGCGCCUACUCCGCCGCCUCCGCCCCGCCGCCGGGGCCGCCGCCGGGGCCGCCGGGCCUGGCCUUCGGGUCGGCGGGUCUGGGGAGCGGUCGGCUGCCGCCGGCGCGGUCCCUGGAGGAGCCGCAGACGGUGCCCGAGGUGCCGCCGUCGGCGGGCGUGGAGGGCGGCAGCAGCGCGCCGACGCCGCCGUCGCUGUCGCCGCUGGACGCGGAGAGCCAGGAGCGGCUGAAGGCGGAGCGCAAGCGGCUGCGGAACCGCAUCGCCGCCUCCAAGUGCCGCCGGCGGAAGCUGGAGCGCAUCGCCCGGCUGGAAGAGAAGGUGAAGGCGCUUAAGGGGCAGAACGCCGAGCUGGCCGCCACCGCCAACCUCCUCCGCGCCCAGGUCACCCAGCUGCAGGGCCGCGUCCGCAGCCACCUCUCCUCCGGCUGCCACAUCAACGCCGCCGGCCAUCCUCCACCCGCCGCCGCCCAGCCCCGGGAGGCGGCCCCCGAGGCGGUCGCUCCGCCGGAGACCAGCGCCUGCUAAGGGGGGACCCCGCUGAGGGGGGACCCCGCCACCGCCACGGACCGGACCCGGGCUCGGGCCCGGAACCGUCCUCGGCCGCCGCCGGGGCGGCGCGGGGGCUCCGCGGGGCUCGCCCGCCGCCGCUCUCCUGUUGUUGUUGUCGUCAUUAUUAUUAUUAAUUAUUACUAUUUAUUUGCGCCCGGAGAAGGCGUUUGCAGGAGCCGGGUGUUGCUAAGCGUUUGCCGAGGACUGUCGGUGUUGCUCUCGGCAGCGAGGGUCUUCGUGGGUGGUUCUGGGGCAGGUGGUUGGCUGUUAUUUUUCAGUGAAGUACGUGAGGUCUGUAGAGAUUUCGGAAAUUAAGGAAAUUCCUGUUUACAGAAAGAUUCAACUUUAUUUUAAUGGGGGAUAUAAAAAGUGUGUUUCCUAAUACACCUUUACUGAACUGUAUAGCAAUGGAUAAGCUUUUCAAACUUAAAAAAAAAAAAAAAGCCAGAAUCGUACCCUUUUGAAAAGAUGUGCGUGUAUAUAUAUAUAUUUAAAACAUGAUACGGCUAUGUAUAUUUUCUUGGUAUUGAUAAAGAACUUUUUUAAAAAUAACUGUCUUUCUCUAGAGCUUUAAUUUGCCAUUGAGAGUUAAGACAACUAUGUGGGUGCUCUUGCACUUACAUGGCUUCGGUUUUAAAAUCAAAGCCUGGAGGGGAAUGAUUUUUGUUGUAAAAUCUUAAGCAGAAUGAAAUGCAUUGCUGACUUAGUCGUUUGAAAAUACUUUUCUAAACUGUACACUCCAUAUUUCUUGUGCAAGUGCAAACUUGGGGCAUUGAUAGUUAUUUAUUGAAACUUGAACACUUUUGGACAUUGCCUAGACCUUAUUUUUCUAGAUAACAUGUUGGUAGAGAAAACCGUUACUUGGGCAAGAAGAGCUUUACUUUUUUUUCCUUCACUGUGUACAUUCCAGUAGUGUUUGCUCUUUACAUAGUAUAGUAACAAUUUCGUGCUAUACAGAAAAGGGCUUAGGUUUCGGCUGGGUUAGCUGUAAAGGUGGCAAUUCCAUUGUAUUCUGUUUGAAUAAAUCGCAGAAAUAUUAUGGAAAAGUAGAUUUAUUUUUGAGUAGAAAUCUAUGUAUCUUGCUUCUUGGUCUACUUUGUUCUAAAGAAACUUUCUGCAAUACUCUAGAUACAGAACGAGUCAGCACUAAAGUGUGAAAUGUUUUUCUGAUUGGGAAGACUUGGUGUGAUUUAUUUCUUUGUCAAGAUUUAACUAGUAGAAGAGUAAAGCAGAUGAACUAUUUCCUCUGAUUAGACAUAAUCCUCAAUAACUUUUUGAAAGCUUUAGAUCCCUUGCUCAGUAUUGCUGCCUACCUUGCUUCUGCCACACCUGUGUAUUUUGAGCGUAGCCGCUAUUGCAGCGCUGUCGAGCCCUGUGGCAUGGUGCAGUGGGAAGGGUCUGUCAGAGUGUGAUGGUCACCCCACCAGAAGCCCCUCGGUGCAGGGACUGGCUGCGGCUGGGGCACGGCAGGACUUCUCCUGAGCAGAUCCAGCUGCAGAGCGGGGCCCACUCCCCCGUUGGAAACUGUGCCAACUGCUCUACUUGAACUCAGAGGCAUAACUUAAAUGGGGAUAAAGUGUCUGUGCCAGCUGGUGAAAAUGGGGGAUUGUAUGAGGAGGCAAGGGGCAUAGGCAUCUUCAUUUGUAUGAGCCAUUGCUCAGAUCUGUUAUAGCCACUCAGGAGCUGUAAAACAUCUCUUGCUUCUUUUGAAGGCUACACUUGACGUUUUGAAAUUCAAGAGGGUCAGGAUAGACUCACGGUUUUUCUUUCUUCUAUUGGGGAUACGUGAGUGCUAUCCGUUCAGAAGCAGCAGUCAAGUGUGUGAGCUUUUUCUUUUAGUGCAUAGUCAUUCCUGGCACACGCAUGAAAUGACAUGACAAUGCGUAGUAAUUGUGUUAUUGUAGCUGAGAUGCUCCGAGGAUAUUUCAUUACUUAACGCAUAUGCAAAUUAGGUAGAAGCCAUAUUAAUCAUUGUAUAACUGUUUAAUCAUGUCACCAGAGCCUUUUUCAGUGGUUGAAAUGAUUGCCUAUAACAAUACCUUCUGCUGUUAGAAAUACUAAUGAACAGAUAAAAAAAAUAUUUUGAUCUUAACCAGGUUUAAAGACUUUUAAAGGCAUUCUGAACCAGACAGCAUAAAAUCUGUAGCACUGUCUGUUACAUAAUAACUGGGUGAAAAAGAACUGGUUUCUUACUGUGUGGCAGGCACCAACCUGUCUGCUAAGAUGCUGCAAGACUGGAGAAACUGAUAAAGACUUCCCUCCCCCCACCCCUUAACAUGCUUUCCCUAAUGAGAGAGCUAAUGCUGCCUGGUAGAUACACUGAUUUGAGAUGCUCAGCUUUACUGUAUGUGUAAUGGAGUGGGGUUUUUUUAAGGAAUCCUUGAAAAAUUCUUAAAGAUUACAUGGGUCGGCACUGCUGUUUCAGUUCUUGUAUUUGCACAUGAGCGUAGAGCUAGAUAAAGAUCUUGCAGUAGGAGACAGGGCAGUGAUAACUACAGCUGUGCAGUGCUUGUUCUUUACUUAUUUUACCAUUUCUGGUCAGAAUAAAUUAGCCAUGUCCAAGGAGAAGUGGGGGAUCCAUAGGAUAUAGGAAAUCACCGCAGUCACGCUUCCCAGCCAAGGACGGGUCUAUAGUGAGUGAUAACCUGGCAGCAUUAUAAUAAGCUCACCCUUUUCAGCAUGGUAGUGUUAAAGCUGAAAACCACCACACUUUACGUCUCUCCCAUUCGAACUGUCUGCAAGAGCCAUUCUGCAUCCAGCCUCUCAAAGAUCUCAUGUGGUAACUUCUUUGAUAGCCUGCUGUAUGUUCUGGCUGAUAUCUGUUAGGUGGUAGAAGUGCCAAGAGGCCAGCUCUGUUGCCCUGAUGACUGACGAGAGGUUAAUUGUGAGGCCGGCAGCUCCAGCUCUCUGCGAGAGGCUACUAUUCUGGUAGCAGAGCUGUCCGAAGAAAUGCGUUUUCUGUAGAGUGACAGGUUACCUUCAUAAAUGCCUCCAUUUAGCUGGCAUUUAUUAUUAGAAUCUAACACUGAUAUGACCAAAUCUGAGAAUAGGGGGUGGGAUGGGUUUUUUUUCUCCUAUUAGCUCUGCUGGAAGUUGCUUCGUCUAUAGCAGAGAUAUGAGUGGAUAGCCUGAGCACCAGCCUGAACAAAUACAAGACUUGGGAGCGCUUGCCUGCUGCAGCAAUCAGGCUUGGUUGUUUCUAAAAUGUUAUUCUAAAAUGUAUCAGUGCUCUUUUUACCCCUGCACUGUUCCUAAAUCCUUAAAUAUGGCUUUUUUAUUUUAUCGUGCCUUUUUUCUUCAGUUUGCUGCAGCAUUUUUCAUGUCUGUUUCUUUUAGGUUUUGAUUUUCUGCCUAAAACUUUGGUCACUGUGAGAUGCUAAAAGAUAGAUUCUGAGUAAAAAUUUUCCAGACUGUUCAUAUGAUUUGCAUCAAUGUAGCUCCUUUUCAGUAACUGCAGGCAAGUUGGCUCUGUGUCACUAUUAAAAAAAAAGCAAAACCCCCCAAAAAACCCAAAUAAAAAAUCCCAAGCAAAACACCAAAAAAAAAAAAAGAACCUUAAGAAAACAAAACAAGACAAAAGAAAAAUCAGUUUAUUGUCAGUGGAACCUCCACGCUUUUUUAGCAUUUUUCUUCAUCCUUCAAAACUGUUCCAUGAUUUGCUAUACUUGCUAUACCUGCACACACCAUUCGCUAAGUCCUUAAAUGAUUUUCACUGCGUAGCUUGAUUCGCAGGCUACCCUUAUGCCCUUCUGAUCUGGUUUUGCAUUACAGGUGCAAGCCCACGACAAAUAAACAUCCCUCUUUGUUCUUUGCCCUACGUGUGAUCUCUGCUCUGGAGAUUAUGCAGUCCUUUCCUUUGUCUAGUUUGGUUGGUGGAUGCUUGCUCCUAUGCACAUCUCGCUUGCUGCUCAUCAGCACAUUUUGAAUGUGCUUGAACCAAUGUCUUCAUCUAGAUGUGAAGUGCCUUCUUAUUAAGGCACUACAGCACAACAGUUUGAUUCAUAAAAGGCUUUCAUUUCUUUGAAUUGUUAUCAGAUCUUUUCUGUCUUGGGGAGGAGGAGUGUUUGUGGCAAGGGAAGUCUUGUUCACUCCGUCCUUGGGCAGAGGGAGGAGCUCCCAUCUGCUCUGCCCCUGCUUGCUGUGGGUGCAGGAAAGUGCUAUGACUAGUUCAAAUGAUGUCAUUACUAGAAAAGCUGAUUGGUUUGCUUGCCAGUGUAGAAGGGGUAGCGAAAUCUGUCAGUAUCACAAGGUGUC